AUGUACACUCGACUUGUGGUAUUAUUUCUUGCCAUGGUGUGUCUCUUGAAGACUACCUUGGCCAUGAGUAUUGACAUUCAACCUCAUGAAAACGAAUGCUUUUACGAGGAGCUUGGUAGAGGCGACAAAUUAACAGUAACCUUCCAAGUUGGACAAGGUGGAAAUUUAGAUAUUGAUUUCUGGAUCUCUGACCCAGAUGACAAUGUGCUCGUCAGCACCACCAAAAAGACGCAAUCAUCAAAGAGGGUCACUGCCAAUACAGCUGGUAGAUAUACCUACUGUUUCUCCAACAAGAUCUCUACCGUCUCUGCUAAAUCUGUGAAUUUCAAUGCCAACAUCAACUUGAAGAACGAAGUCAAUGAAAAGAAUGAAGAAGAUCCUCUCAAGAACGAAAUUGAAGAGUUGGCCGAUAGUAUCUUGGCUGUCAAGGCAGAGCAAGAAUACAUUGUUGCUCGUGAGCGUAGACACAGAGACACUGCCGAGAGCACCAACACUCGUGUCAAAUGGUGGUCUGUCGCUCAAAUCGCAUUAUUAAUCGUUGUUUGCUUCUGGCAAGUUCAUUACCUCAAGCACUUUUUCGAAGUCAAGCGUGCUGUAUAG